AUGGCGCCCUCACGAAAUAAUUCGUCAAACCCCGCCGCCAUGAGAGCCAUGGCUGUCAGUCGGACAGCCUCGUCAGGCUCCUUCCACGCCGGCGCGCCAAUCCCUACUCUCAGCUCCUUGCGACGCCAGUCUCAUCGAUACCAGACCUUUCCCACCACGCCUCCAAAGACUCCUCUCGAGCAGCCGUAUGCGCCCUCCAACGGGAGCGAUUUAGACGACGACGAUGACCACGAAGAGACCCCAUUGCCUGUGCGCCAGCUGCUGCUGCUGGCCUUCCUAUCCCUCGCCGAGCAGACUGCGCUGAACUCGAUAUCCCCGUACCUUCCUGAAAUGGUCCUCAACAUGCCCGGUAUACCUGACGAUAAAGCUGGGCUAUACGUUGGAAUUCUUGCGAGCUCGUUCGCAUUGGCGCAGCUGUCCACAAACUUCCUCUGGGGAUAUGCCUCAGAUGUGAUUGGAAGGAAACCCGUACUAAUCAUGGGCACGAUCGCUCUUAUGGGGUGUUUCAGUGUCUUUGGGUUCUGCAAGGAAUACUGGCAGAUCGUGGUUGUUCACGUCGCAAUGGGACUCCUCAACGGAAACGCUGCCUGUGUGCCGACAGUUCUGGGAGAAGUCACGGAUCGAUCUAACCAGAGCCGCGCGUUCACCUAUUUGCCUGUCAUAUACUCGCUCGGCAGUAUCACAGGGCCUGCGCUAGGAGGAAUCCUUGUGGGCAAGAUGGGUAAGGAAUAUCCUUAUCUGGCUCCCAACAUUCUCUCUGCCGGCCUUCUUGCGAUCAGCGUGGUUGUUGUCAGUAUCUGGUUCGAGGAAACCUUGGAUAAAACCGAGGUCAACUUUGAGAAACCGGCAUGGGUCAAUAAGAUCCUCUCUUGGCUACCUUCGAGCCAACCGCCUCCUCGCCGCCCCUCUUGGGCCGCGCGCUGGCCCCGAUCGCAAUCCCACACCCAGCAGCCUCUGCUGUCUUCUGGGCGGGUAUUCGAGUCCGACUCCGAAAACGAUCAAGAUGAAGACGAUGAUGAGGGCGACAACAAGAUGGACCCCGCCAUGUCCGUCUGGAAGGACCUCAGCCGAACAACCAUUCUCGUUCUGUUCACCUAUCUUGUGUUCCAACUCUCCAACAUCUCCUUCAACAGUCUUUACCCCAUCUUUGCCGCUACGCCUCAGCCCGCUGGUCGCGACUUGCUGCCGAGUAAAAUUGGUAUCAGCUUGAGUGUCGCAGGGUUAGCAAGCUGCGUCUUCCAAGCUUUCUUGUUUCAAGCGCUCAAGGCGAAGUUGGGCAACCUCGGCACCUACCAGAUCUCCCUCCUGGGACUUGGUAUCAGCAUGCUGUUCAUGCCGUGGGUUGGCUAUGCUGACGACAAGCCCUUAUUUGGUGUGGGAACUGGCAAGAUCUGGCUCUACAUUGAGCUUGGACUGGUGCUAAUUCUGAAGAACCUCUGCGCUGUCGGAGGGUUGUCCAGCGUCAUGCUUUUGAUCACCAAUUCUGCAUCAUCGCAUGCGAGCCUUGGUAGUCUGAACGGUAUGGCGCAGACCUUAUCUGCCCUAGGCCGCAGUUUCGGACCUUUUGUGUCCGGUGGUCUCUUCAGUCUAUCCAUCAAUAUUCGCCCCAAGGGUGAGGCAUUGGCCUGGAGUAUCUUUGGAGGUUUGGCGAUUUUGGGAUGGGGUCUGUCUUUAUUCAUCCGUCGCGAUGGCCUUGAGAGUGAUGAUUGGGAGGGUCCCGAUGAGGACACUGCCGAUGAGGAAACCGUGACAGCAUGA